AUGGCAUCUAUAUUCCAGGGAACAAACGUGGAUGAAGUGAUGGAUACGAUGUUUGCUCAAAUUAAAACGCAUGUGGAGAAUCCUACAUUACCCAAGAGUGGCUUUAGCAUCGGUAGAAUUAAUAAUAUGGAUAUAGAUUUUCAUAAAUUGAAGUUAACGAGAGAGAUUUGUACAAACCAUCAAAGGAUUAGCAACCUACGGCCAUAUACGGAGCGGUAUAACUGGCAAGGCAUUGAAUUUCCAACAUCCAUCAAGGACAUCAAUAAAUUCGAGAAGAAUAACCCAGAGAUCGCGGUGAAUGUCCUGUAUGCAAGAGGUAAGACUUUUAAUAUCCUCCGUCGAUCAACAUUUAAUGAAAGAGAGAAACAGGUUGAUCUGCUACUCCUCACGGAUGAUAAGAAGAGCCACAACGUAGCCAUCAAAAAUCUAUCCAGACUACUAGGAAGCGAGAUAUCGACGAACCACGGAAAAAUGAGUCUUUGUCUGAAUUGCCUUAAGGGAUUUCAAACGAUAGAAUCACGCGAUAAACGCUAUGCAUAUUGCAAAGAUAAUGAAGCUGUAAAGAUCACGAUGCCCAGCGAGAAGGAAAAGUGGCUUUACUAUCAAGAUGGCCAAUGCCAGUUCAUGGUUCCGUUUGUGAUAUACGCAGAUUUCGAAUCCCUACUUAUUCCGAUGAAAGAGAAUGCUCGCGAUAUCAAAACUAAGACGCUGAAUAAGCAUGUACCGUGCGGAUGGGCUACAUAUGCAACAUUCGCAUAUGGAGAAGUGCCAAAUCCUCUAAAAGUAUACAGGGACGAAGGGUGCGUAACCCGCUCUGUCAACCACUUGGAGGAUGAGGUAAAGCGGCUCUACGCUACCUUUCCACAGAAGCCUAUGCUACCAUUAACGGAGGAGCAAAGGAAUGAUUAUGAUGCUGCGGGUGCCUGUCACAUCUGCAUGAAACCUUUUGGCAAUGAUGAAUAUAGCCAAAAAGUUCGAGACCAUUGUCACUACACCGGCUUAUACAGAGGCUCUGCGCAUGCGAUCUGCAACCUUAGAUACAAGAUACCAAGCCACGUACCCGUAAUAUUCCACAAUCUAUCAGGGUACGACGCUCAAUUAUUCAUUCGAGAAUUGGGCGAAAAAUUUGAUACUCAGGACAUAGGUUGUAUCGCAGAGAAUACCGAAAAGUAUAUCUCCUUCAAUGUAAAAAUCAAGGUACCCAUUGCAGGUAUUGGUGACGGCGAAACGUACAAGAAGAUAGAAAUCAGAUUUAUCGACAGCUGUCGCUUUAUGGCAUCAAGCUUGGAAAAAUUAGCUAAUAAUCUCGAUGAUGAACAGUGCAAAAAUCUCCGUUGGUAUUUCAAUGAGGAUGACAUCUUUAAACUAAUGCGUAGAAAAGGAUUUUAUGCCUAUGAAUAUAUGAAUAGCUGGCAACGAUUUAAAGAGACUGAGCUACCUACAAAGGAGGCUUUCUAUAGCAAGUUGAACAUGAAUGGUAUUAGUGAUUAUGACUAUGAGCACGCUCAAAACGUCUGGAAUGCUAUUACUCCAGAGGACCCAGAGACUACCAUGGGUGACUAUCAUGAUAUAUAUCUCGCCACAGACGUCCUCGCACCAGGUUUGGCGUGGAAGGCGGCGUUGAAUUACACAGAAAUCAAACUGGAGCUGCUAACAGAUCCUGACAUGCUCCUGAUGUUUGAAAAAGGUAUUCGAGGUGGUAUCACGCAGAGUGUUCAUAGGUACGCGAGGGUCAACAACAAAUAUAUGGGUGAUCAAUACGACCCGGAGGUUGAGUCGUCAUACCUCCAAUACCUAGACGCCAACAACCUGUAUGGGUGGGCAAUGCAACAGCUUUUGCCUACUCAUGGCUUCAAUUGGAUAUCAAAAGUAGAAGUAAUAGAUGAAAAGAAGAUCGAGAAAUUGGUAUCUGAUAAUAAAUAUGGUUACUUGUUGGAUGUUGACGUUGAUUAUCCGAAGGAUUUACACAACAAACACAACGAGCUACCCUUCCUGCCAGAGCGCAAUUUUGUACAUAGAGUAGAGAAGCUCAUACCAAAUUUAGAAAAUAAGCGAAAAUACGUAUUACACAUCGGAGCUCUACACCAAGCCUUGAAACACGGGCUCGAGCUUAAAAAGGUGCACCGCGCUAUUCAGUGUCAACAUAGUGCCUGGCUCCGGGACUACAUCGAUCACAACACGAGGCUUAGAACUGCUGCCAAGAACGAGUUCGAGAAAGAUUUUUACAAAUUAAUGAAUUUGAGCGUGUUUGGAAAAACGAUGGAAAACAUCCGGAAUCAUAGGAAUAUCAAGCUGGUGACAAAUGAAGCAGCCUAUACAAAACUCACUAUGCAACCAAACUUUAAAAGCGGUAUAAGUUUUAGUGAAAACCUCAUGGGUGUUGAAAUCGGUAGAAUGGGAAUUAAAAUGAACAAACCUGUGUAUAUAGAUCAGGCUAUUCUAGAUCUUUCAAAGACCAUAAUGUAUGAGUUCCACUAUGAAUACAUGCAGCCAAAGUAUGGUAGUAAAAUACAGCUGUGUUACAUGAAUACGGAUUCGUUCGUAUACCACAUACAAACAGAGGAUUUCUAUCGGGAUAUUUCCGAUGAUGUUGAAUCACGCUUCGAUACGAGUGCCUAUAGCAAAGAUGACAACAGACCUCUCCCAAUUGGGAAGAACAAGAAGAUCGUGGGAUUAUCAAGGAUAAGCUUAGGGGUAAGAUCAUGA